CGCAAACCCGACGUCUGCCGUCUCUGCCUCAACGAAGCCGCCCGAAUCAACACGGACAUACCACUCCCCAUGCAGAGCCCGAGGUGACGUGGCGAAGAUGGCUUCCACGGCAAACAGCAAGGCCGACCCUUGGGACAGGGAGACCAAGGUGAAGUUCGAAAGCAAAGACAGAAGCGAAUUCCUCGACCCUUGCCAGCAAGCUGCCGCGCGGAGUAUCCGGUGCUUGCAUCGCAACGACGGAGACCGGACCAUGUGCACGGAUUACUUCCAGGCGUACAGGGACUGCAAGAAGGCUUGGAUCGAGAAGCGGAAGACGGAGAAACGGGGUUGAGUUUAUGAUACCCAUCCGUCAUCGUUGGGAAUGUGCAAGCAGAGCACU